GAUGCGCAUGCCACCAAGAGAAUGUAUGGAAUGGAACCUUGCCUAAAACACACAUCUGAAAAUUCGCGGUUUAAGAAACGGGGUCUUCGAUUUUACUUAGAAGUGCCAAUUGAAUGCAAUAUUGCUUUCUUUGAUUAGAAGGCGUAGGACACGCGUCAAUUUACAAAGCGUACAGUUGAUGGGAAACACUUUGAUCAAGCGGAACUUCAAACUUGCGUAAACGUGUGGUUAAGCAUAUUGUUUUAUAAAAAGUCAUCAUUUUUAAAUAAUUGACGAAAAUAUAAGUGGUUUUACCUACUUGUCGUACUUAACUUUCUGUCUACCUUAUAUUUAACAAAUUCGCCAUGGGUCUUUUUAAAAAGAAAAAGGGCGUCAAUCCCGAUAUGUACAAGGCUCCAGAGGAGGGAAGUUCAGCCGCCAGUACUGCAACUCCUGCUCCGUCUUAUACUUCCAAUGGGUAUUCAGGUAAUUCAUACCCUGACGCGUACAGUAUAGACGGCGGAUAUGAAUCUAGCAUGCCAAAGGGUGGGUAUAAUAUGCAGUCGAUUCGCAAUGAUCCAUAUGCUCGAAAAGACAUGCCUCCAAUGCGAUCCGGAGCUGCGGUAGCUCCUUCCACUCCGUUCGGACAUGAACGGCCAAGUUAUCAGAGAGCACCAGCAAGCCAAACAACAUUGGACUUGAAAAAGCAAGAAUUAUUUCAAGGUGCACGUCGCAUACAAGAGAAUUCCGAAAACUACUUGAAUGAUGGUGGAGAAGAAGCUGGCAUGGCAGAUUCGUAUAGUGCAACUGCAGAGGAAGACGAGGACGUUGAGGCUAUUAAGCAAAAAAUCCAAUUUGUCAAGCAAGACAGUUUAUCGAGCACGAGAAAUGCCUUGCAAAUGGCUAACAAUGCCGAACAAGUAGGGAUGUCCACUCUUCAAAACCUGGGACAACAAACAGAAAAGGUUGCAAGUGCCGAGAAAGAACUGGAUGUUGCCAAGAUACAUGCUAAGCGAGCAGAAGAGCAGGCUAGAGAACUCAAAACUUUGAACAGGAGCAUGUUUGCUAUUCACAUCGGGAAACCAUGGGGUAAAGGGAAGCGUGUAGCUGCUGAGGAGGCACGGCUUACUGCAAAGCGUGAGGCUGAACGUCAAGAUGAAAUUUUAAAUAGACAGUUUGCUUUUCAGUCUCAACGCCGUAUCGGUGAAACUAUGAAGAAAAAUCAAAAAGAAUCAGUCAAGCCUAAUGACAAGAAAGGAGUAUCCAUUCUCGAACGUUCGCGUUAUCAGUUCGAGCCAGAUGCAGAAGAUGACAUGAACGAAAAAGAAAUCGAUAAGAACUUAGACCAGCUUGAUGGUGUUGUUGGUCGUUUGAAGGGUUUGGCAUAUGCUACUGGACAAGAAGUUGAAUCCCAAAACGCUCGACUCGGCAAAAUUCACGAUAAAAGUGAUCGCUUGGAUACCGAUGUCUAUCUCAAUGUCGAACGUCUUCGUAAUAUCCAUUAAUGUCCGAAGUCAUCUUUUCCAUAAUUAAAUUAUUGAUUACAUCCGAUAGGAAUUAGUCCUUUUUAUUACAGUUAUAUUUUUUAUGAACGAAGCAUUGGCUUUUAGAAAUUUCAUUAUAUACAUUUGUAGAAGUCUACAUCAAAUGACAAAAAUCGAACUAGCCUUGUAGUUGAUUAAAUACUAUUAAAAGGAUUUUAU